CGGCAGCGGGAAAGAUGCCCGGACGGCGAUGAUCCACGACGCGGCCGCCGCCUCCUCCUCCUCUUCCUCCUGCGGCGGUGGCGGCGGCUUCGCGGAGCUUCUCCGGCAUGGCGCGCCUCGCCGACUACUUCGUGGUGGUCGCCUUCGGUCCGGGCAAGCGCGGGAGCAGAGAUGGCCAGGGCCAAAUACUCCAGCGGUUUCCAGAAAAGGACUGGGAGGACAACCCUUUCCCCCAGGGUAUCGAACUGUUUUGUCAGCCAAGUGGAUGGCAGCUUUUCAGAGAGCGAAACCCUCCCACAUUCUUCAUUGCUGUCCUGACUGACAUCAACUCGGAGCGCCAUUACUGUGCCUGCUUCACUUUUUGGGAGGCCAUUGAAAGCAUCCAGCAGCUGCAGAACCGUUGGAGGAAGGAGGAAGUGGAGGAGGUGGAGGUGACUGCUCUCAUCCAUCCCACUCAGCUCUUUGCCCCUAAGAGUUUGGUGCUUGUGUCUCGGCUGGACCACACCGAUGUUUUCCGGAACUGCCUGGGGCUGAUCUACACCAUCUAUGUGGACGGACUGAGCACCUCUCUAGAGACUGUCAUUGGGAAUCUCCUGACAUGCACUAUCCCCAUUACAGGGGGCUCCCAGAGGACAAUUUCUCUGGGUGCAGGUGACAGGCAGGUGAUCCAGACGCCGAUCAGCGAUUCCCUGCCCAUCAGCAACUGCAGUGUGGCGCUCCUCUUCCGGCAGUUAGGGAUCACCAAUGUAUUGAUACUCUUUUGUGCGGCCCUGACCGAGCACAAGAUCCUCUUCCUCUCCAGCAGCUACCAGAGACUGACUGAUGCCUGCCGGGCACUGCUUGCCCUCAUCUUUCCCCUGAAGUACAGCUUCACGUAUGUGCCCAUCCUGCCAGCUCAGCUCCUAGAGGUCCUCAGCACACCCACCCCUUUCAUCAUUGGAGUCAGCUCCAUCUUCCAGUCAGAGACACAAGAGCUGUUGGAUGUGAUCAUAGCAGAUCUUGAUGGAGGGACAGUAACUAUCCCAGAGUGCAUCCAUAUCUCUUUGCUGCCUGAACCUCUUCUCCAUCUGACACGUGAAGCCCUCUCUAUGGUCUUGGACCCAGAGUUGGAGAUGGCAGAUCUGGCCUUCCCACCAUCCACCAUCUCUGCUUCCUCCCUCAAGAUGCAGGAUAAGGAGAUCCGGGCAGUCUUCCUCCGCCUAUUUGCCCAGUUGCUCCAAGGCUACCGCUGGUGCCUGCACAUCAUCCGUAUUCACCCAGAGCCAGUCAUUCGCUUCCACAAGGCAGCCUUCCUUGGGCAAAGGGGGCUGGUGGAAGAUGACUUCCUUCCCAAGGUGCUGGAGGGCAUGGCGUUUGCUGGCUUUGUGACCGAGAGGGGCCCCCCCUACCGGGAGACUGACUUAUUUGAUGAGCUUGUGGCCAGUGAAGCAAAACGGAUGCAGGCUGAUGAAGGAAAUAAGGCUAAAGUUCUGCGCCACAUCAAGGAACUGGCAGAACAGCUGUACAAAAAUGAGAACCCUUAUCCAGCAGUGACAAUGCAUAAGGUACAGAAGCCCACUGAGGGCUGCCACCUGCGUCUGCACCAAAGGCCAUUCCCCCGUUUGGAUGAAGGGACCAUCCAGUGGAUUGUUGACCAGGCCACAGCAAAACAGCAGACAGCACCUCCUUUGGUGAAGGCAGAGAAGAAAGCCAUGGUGCCAUCUGGGCCACCCCUGGGAACCCUCAUGGAGCGGAACGGGAUGCUGUUGGCUAACAGUGCCCGUCGACUGGAGGUGGUCAGGAACUGCAUCUCCUUUGUCUUUGAAAGUAAGAUGUUGGAAGCCAAAAAGCUCCUCCCAGCUGUGCUCCGGGCCAUGAAGAGCCGGGCAGCUCGCCAGUGCCUCACCCAGGAGUUGAACCUCCAUGUGCAGCAGAACAGAGCCAUGCUGGACCAUCAGCAGUUUGACUUCAUUGUCCGCAUGAUGAACUGCUGCUUGCAGGACUGCAGUGCCACGGAUGAGCACGGGGUUGCCGCUGCACUUCUGCCCCUGGUCACCGCCUUUUGCCGCAAACUCAGUCCAGGAAUUACCCAGUUUGCUUACAGCUGUGUGCAGGAGCACCUGGUUUGGACCAACCUUCAGUUUUGGGAAGCUAUGUUCUACAGUGACGUGCAGAACCACAUCCGGGCUCUCUAUGUGGAGAGUGGUGAGGAGGACCGUGCUGAGAAGGUGGCUGAGGGGGGGGAACAAGAGGAGGAGUCGGCUCUGGAGGUUGCUGCUGUGCAGUGCCGUCUUUGGCCCACCAUGAGCUGGGAGAAGCAACAGGAGCUGAUUCAGAAGGAGGAGAGCACCGUCUUCAGCCAGGCCAUCCACUACGCCAACCGCAUGAGCUACCUCCUGCUGCCUCUGGACACGAGCAAGACCAGGCUGCUGCGGAGCACGGGGCUGGGGGACGCCGAGAGUGUCAGCAACAGCUUAAUCACCAGCAGCAUUGCUGGUAGCGUGGCAGACAGCUACGAUGCUGAAAGUGGCUUUGAGGAUGCCGAAAGUUCUGACGUGGCAAACUACGUGGUACGGUUCAUCAACCGCUUUGUGGACAAGGUCUGCACAGAGAGCGGAGUCACCAAUGAACAUCUCAAGGGGCUGCACGUCAUGAUCCCAGACAUUGUCCAAAUGCACAUCGAGACCCUGGAUGCUGUGCACAGAGAAAGCAAGAGGCUCCCUCCAAUACAGAAGCCCAAACUCCUCCAGCCAAGCCUGCUGAUUGGAGAAGAGAGCGUUAUGGAUGGUCUGCGUGUUUACCUCGUGCCAGACGGCAGGGAAGAAGGUGCUGGAGGCAGUGUUGGGGGCCCCCCUCUGCUUCCAGCCGAAGGAGCUGUGUUCCUUACCACGUACCGCAUCAUCUUCAAGGGCACACCAACGGACCCACUAGCGGGGGAGCAGGUGGUGGUCCGUUCCUUCCCUAUCGCCUCGCUGACCAAAGAAGAGAAGAUUACAGCCCAGACGCCCUUGGAUCAGUUCAUCCAAGAAGGCUGUGCGCAGCUCCAGCUGCGCUCCUGUACAUUCCAGCUGCUCCGCAUUGUCUUUGAUGAAGAAGUGGCCUCUGAGAGUGCAGAAACCUUCCGGAAGCAUCUCAGCAAGUUGCGCUAUCCCCAGCAUGUCUCUGAUACCUUUGCCUUCACGGUGGGACAGUCUAGCAAGCCUACCCUGCCUUCCAAAGCCAAGGAUAAAAACCCAUCUCUCAGGACCAUUUCCAAGAACCUGGUAAAAAAUGCCAAGAAAACAAUUGGGCGCCAGUAUGUGACCCGCAAGAAGUAUACCCCUCCUCCCUGGGAGCACCGGAGCAGCCAGCAGCCCUUCCCCGAGGACAAUGAGGAUGAGAUCUCGGUGUCUGAAGAAGUGGACAGAAGCACCUUGACCCCCUCAGCCACAAUCAGGCCCUCUGACAAGAUGACCAUGAGCCACCUGAUAGAGAGAGCCUGUUGCCGAGAUUACCAGCGCCUGGGCUUAGGCACCCUGAGCAGCAGUUUGACCCGUUCUAAGAACGAGCCUUUCCGCAUCUCCACCGUCAACCGAAUGUACGCCAUCUGUAGAAGUUACCCAGGACUACUGAUCAUCCCACACAGCAUCCAGGACAACACAGUUCAGCGGAUCUCACGCUGCUACCGCCAGAACCGCUUCCCUGUGGUCUGCUGGCGGAACCCGCGCACAAAAGCAGUGCUGCUACGAUCGGGCGGCUUGCACGGAAAAGGCGUGGUGGGUCUCUUCAAGUCCCAGAAUGCUCCUGCCACAGGCCCCUCUCAGGCAGAUUCGACAAGUUUGGAGCAAGAAAAGUACCUGCAGGCCAUCAUCAAUGCCAUGCCACGUUAUGCAGAUUCCAGUGGCCGCAACACUCUCAGUGGCGGCUUCAGCUCUGCCCACGUGAGCAACUCAGAUUCUUCUGAGAAGCGGCAGCCCAAACUGGGAUCUCUUAUGAAGCAGGUGAUGGGAGGGAGAGACGAAGGGCCCGGGACUGUUAGCCGUGGAGGUCACAGAACUAGGGUAAUUACCUUCUCCAGUCCCAAGGGUGCAGCACCAAGGAAACCUGACUCCCCCCGAGGCAAAUGGGGCAGCAUCCGAGCCAGUGGCCGCUUGAGCAACUAUGCUCUCAACAUAGAGAUUGGGUCCCGCCUGGCUGGGAAAGAACUUGGCACACAGCCCAACGGGUCUCCCUCUGAAGCCAGCUUCCUGCGCCAGCUCUACAUAAUUGGAGACAAAUCCCAGUUGCGGGGAAUAAAGCCUGAUCCUUUGCAGCAUUGGGAAAUGGUGCCUAUUGAGGUGUUUGAUGCACGGCAGGUCAAGACAAGCUUCAAGAAGCUGAUGAAGGCUUGUGUCCCUAGCAACCCUUCCCCAGAGGCUGGCUUGAUGUACUUGCGUUCCUUGGAGGAGUCUGAAUGGCUGAUACAGAUUCAUAAGAUCCUGCAGAUCUCAGUGCUGGUGGUGGAACUGCUGGAUACAGGCUCCUCGGUAUUAGUCAGCCUAGAAGAUGGCUGGGAUAUCACCACUCAGGUGGUGUCUCUCGUGCAAUUGCUCUCAGACCCCUAUUACCGCACCAUGGAAGGCUUCCGGCUGCUGGUGGAGAAGGAGUGGCUGUCCUUUGGGCACCGCUUUGGUCAUCGAGGGGCACAGACCUUGGCCAGCCAGAGCAGUGGCUUUACACCCAUCUUCCUGCAGUUUCUGGACUGUGUCCAUCAGAUUCACAGACAGUUCCCCAUGGAGUUUGAGUUCAGCCAGUACUACCUGAAGUUCCUCAGCUACCACUAUGUGUCCAAUCGCUUCCGCACGUUCCUCCUAGAUUCUGACUAUGAGCGAUUAGAGCUGGGUCUCCUGUAUGAAGAGAAAGGGGAGCGGAAAGGCACUCAGCUCUACCGAUCCAUUUGGGACUAUAUGGACCGGCUGAACAAGAAGACGCCCAUCUUCUUCAACUACAUGUAUGCACCUGAGGAUGGGGAGGUCCUGCGUCCGUAUAGCAACAUUUCCAGCCUGAAGGUGUGGGAUUACUACACGCAAGAGGCUCUGUCUGAGGGACCUUCCUAUGACUGGGAGCUGGUGCAAGGUCAGGUGGAGCUCAGCGAUGAAGCUGGCCAGCAGGACACCAGCACCCCUCAAAGCCGCCGCAAGAUCGUUUGGCCCUGUUAUGACAACUGCCGCCGAAUAGAACCCGAUGCCAUCUCUCGGCUGCUGGAGGAGGUGCAGAGCCUGGAGAUGGAGCUGGGGCAGGUUCCAGAACGCUGGAAGGAGACCUGGGACAGAGUGAAAGCUUUCCAGCAGUCGGAGGGCCCAGCAGUGGACACAGGCAGUAAAACAGCACCCAGUUCUCUCCUGAUGGUAUCUAGUCUGUCGCAUCAGCGGCGCUCGCUUGGCGUCUACCUGCAGGAGACGGGCAGUGGCAGCUCCACGUUGAACCUCAGCCUGGACAGCGAGACCAGCAGCACAUCCACCCCAUCUAGUGGGAAGCAAGGUGGCCGCAAGAGCACCAGCACCCUCUACAGUCAGUUCCAGACAGCAGAGAGCGAGAAUCGCUCCUAUGAGGGCUCCCUGUACAAGAAAGGGGCCUUCAUGAAGCCCUGGAAGCUGCGCUGGUUUGUGCUGGAUAAAACCAAGCACCAGCUGCGAUACUAUGACAGCAACCUGGACACAGAGUGCAAAGGGGUGAUUGACCUGGCUGAAGUGGAGUCCAUCACGCCAGGCACCCCCACCAUGGGAGCCCCCAAGACGGUGGAUGAAAAGGCUUUCUUUGAUGUCAAGACAAUAAAGCGGGUUUACAAUUUCUGCGCCCAGGAUGUGCAGCUGGCUCAGCAGUGGAUUGACCGCAUCCAGAGCUGCUUGUCUGAUGCCUGAGGAGUCCUUCUGGGCCUCGGUGGCCACGCUGGCCUGGGGCAGUGCAGGACUGAAGGAGGUGUGUGUGGCCAGGAGGGAGACCCCAGCCUGGCUUUGCCACACGCAGUUUGCGGGGAGGGAAGGUCGUGGACUGCCUCUUCUGCCUUGUUCGGAGGAGGGGCCGUGACAAGUCGGGCUUGGGGGGAUCCCAGGAGAGGUGAAUCUGGCCCACCCUCCGUUCUUCCCCAGAUGUAGGCAGAGCCAUUGGACUUCUGUGCGGCUGCCUCCAGAGCAGCUCUGGCCGGCCAAGAAUGGUCUCCGCUCUGUCGGGGAAGCUGGUCAAGGGUCCAGCUGCUUGCAGAGGCGGCAGCAGAGCGCUUCAAAGCCUAUUAGCACCCUCAGCCGCCCCCCGCCCCUGGUCUGGGGGAUGUCCUGAUGUCGGGACAUUGGAAGGCGGACGGAAGGAAGGGUGUGGGGCCUAUGCCCUGCCACUUAGUGCUGCUGCUGAUGGAGUGGGCUGUUACUGGUUGAAGGCUCAGUCGGGUGACAGGGGAGACACUGGUGUGUGACCCCCAUUGGUUCUUGCUCACUUCCCAACCCUCCCCCAGCAUCCUCAGGGCUAGCCCUCGAGUGCAGUGCAGCUAAUGGCCCCACCCCAACUUGCUUCCCAGCCUGGCAUCCAAAAGCAAAUCAUGUAACUUGACCUCUCUACUCCCUGCACCCUGGACCCACAGACCGCAGCCACCUUCCAUGGGAGCCUGGUCUAAUGCUUGCCAUUCCCUUCUGCCUUUGAGCAAUAGAAGGCAAAUGGUGAAGCCCCUAGACCCUGUACAUAGUCUGGAGCCCCCUAUCCCCCCUCCCCACUUUUUUAAUUGGUACUGUAAAGGCCAUGGCUGGUGUGAAUUUGGGGGGUUUUGUAACUUCUUGAGCAGUUGUAGAUUAUUGAAGUUUCUGUACAUUGUGUCAAACCUACAGAGUUCUUGUAUUGUAUUGUGCUUAGAGGAAAAAAAUAUAUAUGAAGAGAAAAAAAAACUAAUGGAAUUUAAUAAAAAAGAACA